AUGCUGUUGCACCAAUACCAUCCCAGAGACUCACCAGCCAUCAAAACAGACUACAAUUUACUCUUUGGUAGGUUCUCAUCUGAAAAUGACUGUGGUAUUUUGCCAUCUGAAAAUGCCAAAAAACUACUAUUACUACUACUUCUUAGCUCUCUCAUUCGCGGCGGGGCUUCUUCGACCAGCUAG